AUGCCGACAUUCGAAUCAAAGCCAUUGCGAAAGUCAAAUUCGUUCGUGGCGAAUCUGGCACCAAAAGCGCGACGUAGACCACUGCUAUUCUUCGGCAUUCCCUUCCUAGCAACGAUUGUAGGAGCUAGCUUCGGACUGGCCAACCUCACGCAGACACGAUACGACUACAAUGCAACCAGGGUACAGACCAUCUCGAAGGAGGAAGAGUUGCGGAUGAAGAAGGAUCGCAAACGCAUCGAUAUCCGCGAGGAAUACUUUCGACUUCAAGCGAAAGAGGACGAACUGGAUAACUGGGAGCCAAAGCGUAUCGAAAGACCUGACGGUGUGGCGGACUGGGGUGUGGCCCCCACAUCAUACCGCUCGCUUGAGACCGAGAGUUUAUCACCCCAAGAUGCAGCAGAAGAGAAAAGCAAAGGAAUCACGACAAGCAAUGUCCGCUCUUCAUCAAAACAGCCUCAGGUCGUGCUUGGCCCCGAUGGCAAGCCGUGUCGAGCCUGCAACUCGAAACUUGCUUUUUCUGCUGCCAUGAAGGGUGCUAAGAUCCCUGGCUCCGGCUCCACCUCCAAAGACGCAUCCAAGAAGGACCCUUUAUCAACAUCGGCAGCGGCCGCACUCGCGUCGACGUCGGGUAGCUCCACCGAACGUGCAUGCCCGCCUGACGGCGAAGAGCUUGGUCGAUUUGCCUGGGCUUUGUUGCAUUCCGCCGCAGCCUACUUCCCCCAAGACCCAUCAGCGCAACAGCAAAAUUCAAUGCUUGCGAUGUUCCGAGCUUUGCCACAUAUCUACCCGUGUCAUUCUUGUGCUGAGGCGUUGGGAGAAGAGUACAAACGCGAGGAGAAGGAAGGUGGCUGGGAAGAUCGCAACCUGAAGCUCGCUGAAGCUGUGCGAUCCGGACCUGCUCUGCGCAAGUGGCUAUGCGGCAUUCACAACGAAGUCAACCAACGGCUGGGUAAGCCGCCGUUCCCUUGCACAGAGGCCAAGCUCACGGAGCGAUGGCUUGACGGACCUUCGGAUGGCAGCUGCGAUUGA